AUGGAUCCCCUGUCUGUGGUAGCUUCUGUUGCCGGGCUCCUGGGAGUGGGCGCCAAGAUCACCUCAGUUCUGUUUUCGAUGAUUACAGGCUGCCGGGAAGCACCCAGCCUCGCGCGACAUCUGCUUUGGGAGCUGGCGGACAUUUCGACCGCGCUAGGCCACCUCCAAAGGUAUAUCAUCGAACCAUCGAAGGUUGCUGCCGACAGGACCUCUAUGAUCCAACUGGACCAUGUCUUGACGUCUUUGACCGGAUGUGUAACGACCUACUCUGACCUUCAACAAAUACUCGAUGGCCUCAACACAAGUCCGGAUAUGAGAGCAUAUGAUCGAUUACGGUGGGCACGUAAAGAGUCGACUUUGAACACCAUUGUAAGUAGGCUGCAGAACCACAGGGCGUCGUUAAGUCUGAUUCUGGCGAUCAUUCAAUGUGAAUCCGCUAAAGAAGCGGAAGCCGCAAACGAAAAAUUGGUGGCACUGGUUCAAGAAACAUUGCGGAACCAGCAUGAACUUGCAGAGAGAAUACAGGGUCUCGAAAGGGAGGGCUCCAUCUUCUCUGUCAUGCCUAAGCAAGAGGAUGAAGUGAGAGAUAAUGCGUCAACCCGAACAGCACGAGCUCGGAAAAUAUUCCCAUUCAUUGACAGCGCCACUGAAGCUCUCCGCUCUGCCUUCCAGCAAGACCUCGAAAGAUCGAGGGUCUACAUGAGGACUGUGAAGAAGGCUGUGAAUCGUAAUUCGCAGUUCUCACUUAGAAGCUCCCAAGAAACGACAGCAGAAUCCUGGUCGCGCCUCAGCCUGUCUCAGGUGUCGAGCUUAUCUGUCUGUGCGCUGCCCAUCUAUGCCGGCGAUAUCGUGAACAGCGACAGCUACGACUUUGGAGACCAGGGGCCACGCGCCACAAAAUCCAUGGCAAAGAAAGCCAGUGGGAGUCGUGGGAGAACUUCCAAGUCCAGUCGGUACAAGGACGGCCCUUCACAUUAUAAAUCACCGACUGAUCAACUCCAUGGUGCCAGUACGAUCUACCUCGUGCAGUAUGGACUCUAG